AUCGAGGCGAUCGUGGUGUUUUCUGCUAUUUUUAACUCCGGGCGAAUACUACACGAAGCAGCGCUUAAGGGAUUCAUUCCGGCUCGAAUAGGUGCUCUCAUUUUCCUUCCGGAUGUGGUGCCGCACACUGCAUCACAGAACUGUGCAACUCUUGAAGAGCUAAAUCAGCCCCGAAGCGAACAAGGAAAAUCAUCCGCUCCAGACCCAGACGGACAAGGAGGACGCUUUAAAAAGGAAGCAUCAGCGGAAGCAGCAGAAAUCGCGGAUUGCAGACGAAGAUGGCAGACGUUGCAACCAAAGCAGUCCCAACAAUGGAAGUAUCCAACGGAGAGCCACGCAGCAAUGCCGAAGCAAAGAAGCUGCUGCGGGAAGAACGGCAACGUGAGGCCAAGAUCGAGGAACAGCUAACAAAAGCACUCAGCGGAAUGACGGUGGAAGAGAAGUAUACCACGGUCUACAAGCGGUUGGUGGAAUCGGAGAAAGAAAACCGGCGGUUACAGGCACUGCACAAGCAGUACGAUCGUACGCUCGAUGCUUCGAAGCGCGAACGGGAAAACCUCAUUCUCGAGCACGACAAGAUGGUCAUGACGAAGACAAAGCUCGAGGCGCUCUGCCGUGAGCUGCAGCGCCAAAACAAAACCAUCAAGGACGACAGCCUCGCCCAGAUACAGCUGGAGGAGGAUCGCCGCAAGGAAACGCAGGAAAAGUUCCAGCAGUCGCUGAACGAGAUACAGCUGGUGAUGAACGAGAACAACGAAAAAAACAUGAAGCUAAAGGAGGAUAAUAUGGAGAUGGCCAAAAAGUUCAAGGUGAUCCUCGAGCAGUACGAAAAGCGGGACCAACAGAUGGACAAGAUGAACAAACAGAUGGAGCUAGUGACGCAGCUGAGCGAUGCCAAGCUGGCCAAAAUGACGAUGGAAUCCAACACACAGAAGGAACAGUUUUUGGCAGAGAAACAGAUUAUGCUGCUGGAGAUACAAUCGACGAAAAAGCAGUUACUUGAGCUGCAGGCAGUCGAGGGCCACUUACGGAGCCAGCUGAACUUGUACUCCGACCGAUACGGCGAGUUCCAGGAUUCGCUCAAAAAGAGCAGAAGCAUUUACGAAGGCUAUCAGGAUGACAUGAAGAAGAUGUCGAAGAAGAUGAAAUUGCUCGAAAAGGAAACCAUGGCGUGGAAAUCGCGAUGGGAAACGAGCAAUGCCACCGUGCAGAAGAUGCUGGACGAUCAGAUCGCUCGCGAGAAGCAGAUGACCAAAACGACGCGGCAACUGUCGCAGCUGCAGAAGCUGUGCCGCACGCUCCAGGCAGAACGUGCCACGUAUCUGGCCGCCUUGAAGGAAGCAAACUUGCCACUGCCAGCCGCAUCCGUCACCGAGGGUGACAUUGCAGAGGAGAAAUCUGACGAAACGACGGAUAGUGCGACCGUCGAGCCACCGGCGAAGGAUAGUCAGGUGAACGGCCAUGAGGUAGCGGUUAGCGAACCGGCAUCGUCGGUACAGGAAGAGAAACCGAUCGUUGCUGGCGCGGUGGAGACGUAGUCGUUAAUGGACCUGCCUGAAACCCACCUCCGCCCAUUGGUCCCAUUUUCUAGUCUCAGCAACAACCGCACUCUUUCUCUCUCUUUCUAUCCGUCGUUCUACUUCAAUCAGCACAAAUUUUCACAUAUUAUCGCGUUUCUUUUUUUAGAUAUUUAUUACACAUUUGUCCUCCCUUUCAAUGUCUGCGUGAUCUUCUCAAUCGAUCGAGUUUUGGUUUUGCCUUACCUCGGUACACUAAGAUAAUAAAAACAUAAAUUC